GGAAGUCGGUGUGUCUGCGGCCGGGCGACACGGCGGGCCGGGCGGGAGGCGGUGGAGGGGCGAUGUCGGCCAGCGCCGUCUACGUGCUGGACCUGAAGGGGAAGGUUCUCAUCUGUCGGAAUUACCGUGGAGAUGUGGACAUGUCCGAGGUGGAGCAUUUUAUGCCAAUCCUUAUGGAAAAGGAAGAAGAGGGGACGCUUUCUCCUAUUCUAGCACAUGGAGGAGUUCGUUUUAUGUGGAUUAAGCAUAACAACUUAUAUCUUGUUGCAACUUCUAAGAAAAAUGCUUGUGUAUCACUGGUGUUUUCAUUUUUAUAUAAAGUAGUUCAGGUUUUUUCUGAGUAUUUCAAGGAGUUGGAAGAAGAGAGCAUUAGGGAUAAUUUUGUUAUUAUUUAUGAGUUGUUAGAUGAGCUUAUGGAUUUUGGUUAUCCACAAACCACUGAUAGUAAAAUUUUACAAGAGUACAUCACUCAGGAAGGUCACAAACUUGAAACUGGAGCUCCACGUCCGCCUGCCACUGUUACAAAUGCUGUUUCAUGGAGAUCAGAAGGGAUAAAAUACAGGAAAAACGAAGUGUUCCUGGAUGUUAUAGAAUCCGUUAACCUUUUGGUCAGUGCCAAUGGAAACGUGUUACGGAGUGAGAUAGUUGGAUCUAUUAAAAUGCGAGUCUUUCUCUCGGGAAUGCCAGAGCUGCGCCUUGGUUUAAACGACAAAGUUCUCUUUGAUAAUACAGGCCGUGAGUAUUUCGGUGGCAAAAGUAAGUCAGUAGAACUGGAAGAUGUAAAGUUUCACCAGUGUGUUCGUCUCUCUCGCUUUGAAAACGACAGGACAAUUUCUUUCAUUCCACCUGAUGGAGAGUUUGAACUCAUGUCGUAUCGUCUCAAUACCCACGUAAAACCACUGAUCUGGAUUGAGUCUGUGAUUGAAAAACAUUCCCACAGCCGCAUCGAGUACAUGAUCAAGGCAAAAAGUCAAUUUAAGCGUAGAUCAACUGCCAACAAUGUGGAGAUUCACAUUCCGGUUCCAAAUGAUGCGGACUCGCCAAAGUUUAAAACCACUGUUGGAAGUGUCAAAUGGGUUCCAGAGAACAGUGAAAUUGUCUGGUCCAUUAAAUCUUUUCCAGGUGGAAAAGAAUACCUGAUGCGAGCUCACUUUGGACUUCCAAGUGUUGAAGCUGAAGAUAAGGAAGGAAAACCUCCCAUUAGUGUAAAGUUUGAGAUUCCAUAUUUCACCACUUCGGGAAUCCAGGUUCGCUACUUGAAGAUAAUUGAGAAGAGCGGCUAUCAGGCUCUCCCGUGGGUUCGGUAUAUUACCCAGAAUGGAGACUACCAGCUUCGAACGCAGUAAAGCCCCUCGCAAGCACCACAGACGACAAAACUUCAGGCCUAGAAUUUGUUUGCAGAAGCUUCUGUGGUACUGAGAGCUGUGAAUGUUGUUGCCAAGGGUCUUGUUUCUGCAAUCAUGGAUUGGCAGGAGAAAGAUUGGAAAUUUACUGUUUUCAAUAAUGUGUUUGAGCAUUGGAACCAUUAGUAUUGAUUGUGUGAAUAUUUAUUUCAUUCUUAGAACAUGCUGAUCUUGCUGCUAAAUGCUAAUUACGUUAGGAGUAGCAGUUACCUUGAGGAGCCAGGAAUACGGAAUGAACCUUGAGAAUGUCUUGUCAAUGCCUUGUCCGUUACAUUCGCAGAGUUUCUAGUGUUCGUAUUUUAGUAUCUCUAAAGACAUUGGCAGCGUUAUGCUACAAAUUAGGGAGACGAUUGUGCAAUUAAAUGACUGCUGAACACUUAGUUAUAUUUA